UCCAUUAUUGGGUUCUUCAUAUUUUCAUAGAUGGAAUCCUCAGCUACUCAUCCUCCUUCCUUCUCUUCGAUCGAUCAGGUCAACUUCCGAAGUCGUGUUCUCGCCGGCCAUUUCCGUACUACUCGUGAUGAUCAGACUAACUUACUUGAGACUUCUGCAUGUCUCAAUUACUCGCCGCCGGAGCUCUCUGAACGGAUCGAUUUCGACACCUCAGAGUUUCGUAAGCUUAUGGACGGCCACAACCUGCAGGAUCGAGACUGGCUGUUUGGGCUGAUGAUGCAAAGCAACCUUUUCUGCCCUAGAGAGAGAGGGGGUCGGGUUUUUGUGUCACCGGGUUAUAAUCAAACAAUGGAACAGCAGAGAGAGGCGACGAUGAAGCGAAUUGAUUAUUUGCGUGAGAAAGGUGUUUUUGAGGGCUGGCUCACUGGGAAAGGUCCCGAGGCUGAGCUUCGAAAACUCGCUCUGUUGGAGGUCAUGUCGAUUUACGAUCAUUCCUUAGCUAUCAAGGUUGGCGUGCAUUUCUUUCUAUGGGGUGGUGCAGUUCAGUUUUUUGGGACAAAACCACAUCAUGACAAGUGGUUGAGGGACACUGAGAAAUAUUUGCUGAAGGGAUGCUUUGCUAUGACAGAAUUAGGGCAUGGAAGUAAUGUUCGAGGUAUAGAAACAGUUGCGACUUAUGACUCAAAAGCCAAUGAGUUUGUGAUCAACACUCCAUGUGAAUCAGCUCAAAAAUACUGGAUUGGCGGGGCUGCUAAUCAUGCAACACAUACAAUAGUAUUUUCACAUCUUUUAAUAGAUGGACAAGAUGAAGGUGUCCACGCAUUUAUAGCUGAAAUCAGAGAUGCAAAUGCCAAUGUCUGCCCAAACGUCCGCAUAGCUGAUUGUGGUCAUAAGAUUGGUUUAAAUGGCGUUGACAAUGGUCGAAUAUGGUUUGACCACUUCAGGGUCCCUAGAGAAAAUUUGUUGAAUUCUGUCGCUGAUGUCUCUCCAGAUGGACAAUAUCUCAGCGCAAUAUCAGACCCAGAUCAAAGGUUUGGAGCGUUUCUUGCCCCUUUAACAACUGGUCGUAUAACAAUUGCAGGAAGUGCUGUAUAUAUUUCGAAGAUUGCUUUAGCGAUUGCCAUUAGGUACUCAUUGUCGAGGCGAGCCUUUUCUGUCACACCAAAUGGGCGCGAAGUUCUUCUACUUGAUUAUCCAAGCCAUCAACGUAGGUUAUUGCCACUUCUAGCAAAAACGUGUGUCAUGAGUUUUGCUGCCAAUCACUUGAAAAUGAUGUAUGUGAAGAGAACCCCUGAGUCCAACAAAGCCAUCCAUGUUAUCUCGAGUGCAUUCAAGGCCACUUUAACUUGGAAUAACUUGCAAACUCUUCAGGAAUGUCGGGAAGCCUGUGGAGGACAAGGUCUGAAGACAGAAAAUCUUGUUGGCCAUCUGAAAGGUGAAUAUGAUGUGCAAUUGACUUUUGAAGGGGAUAACAAUGUCCUAAUGCAACAGAUUGGAAAAGCCCUUUUUGCUGAAUAUGUGGCUUCCAAAAAGAAUAAAAGACCAUUUAGAGGAUUGGGAUUGGAGCACAUGAACAGAUCUCCUCCGCCUGUCAUCCCUCCUCAACUCACAGGUUCUAUUCUCAGGAGUACCCAGUUCCAGUUUGACAUAUUCUGCCUGCGAGAGCGAGAUCUGCUAGAACGUUUUGCUGCUGCAAUUUCAGAACAUCUAGCACGGGGCGAAACAAAAGAAUAUGCCUUCAUUAUGAGUUAUGAACUUGCUGAAGAAUUGGGCAAGGCCUUCUCAGAGAGAACAAUACUCGAUACCUUUAUAGCAGCUGAAGCAACAGUUUCUGAUGGAUCAUUGAAGAAAGUUUUAGGUGUAUUGAGAUCAAUGUACACGUUAAUAUGUUUGGAAGAAGAUGGUGUGUUCUUGCGAUACGGUUACCUGUCAGUUGAGCAAGCAAGUAUGGUGAGGAAAGAGGUGGGAAAGCUUUGUGGGGAUUUGCGACCUCAUGCACUUGCCAUAGUGAGUUCCUUUGGCAUACCGGAUGCUUUUCUUGGUCCCAUAGCUUACAAUUGGGUUGAAGCAAAUUCAUGGUCUUCUUCUCUUCAAAAUUACUAGCCCAGCCACCAUCAUCAUAAUCAGGUAUUGUUGUGCAAAUAAGAUCCGAAAGGGUUUGUCAUUAUUGAUUAUGUGUUAAAAACUGGAGUCUCGUUGGUAUAAUAAUAAUGAUAACAAUUGUUGUUGAAUUAUUCUUGUUAUUUAAUGUGAUCCAGUGGAUGGUUAUCCCGCUUAAUAAAUUGCUUUUUUAUUUAUUUAUUAAAAAUAAAGAAGUUAUUUUUCGGUGA